GCUUUCCCGUAGAACCCUCGACACCACUCAGCACUUACGGGACACGACACGAAACGAAGUGUUUAUAUUUUAGGAUGACGAUGGUUCCUUGUAGACGUAUUGGGAGACGUAUUGGUCUUUUGGCUUAUCGCGGUUUUUCUAGCAAGGCAUCAGAAAUAGUGGCAGAAGUAGCCGGUACAUCUGAUGUCUAUGGACCUCCCGACCCGAAAUCUAGUCUUCGCCUUAUUACAUUCUACAUCCCUCCUGAUGAGACUGCACAUGAAAAAGAAUACAGACUUAAACGUGCUUUGGUGCAAGAUUGGAAUCACAUGUUUUGGACUGCCCAUAACAUUCAGUUUAAUCAGGCCAAAGAACAGUUUGUCAUGUCAGCUAUGGAAAGGAGGGGUAAUGAUGCCAAUGUAACGGGACAGCCUCUAACUGCUGAUGAUUUAUCAGACUUUUACAGAGCAUUCCUGGAUGAAAACAGGGAAAAACACUUGAGAUAUAACAUUGAAUGGCACAAGAAAAACAUUAGUCUUCUAUGGCCUGGAAUUAAAGCUAAUUUAAGUAGGCUUAAGAAACAGGUUUCUUUCAUGUAAGUUAUUCAGACUCAUCAGUUCAGCCUAAAUGAAUAAAUAUUAUUUCAGUGAA